GGGUUGUGGAUGGUUUCACAUCCUCAUGUGAGUCACUUUUCCCAGAACAACGAACACGUGUUUCCUGGCCAUUGUUCAUAUAUAGGAGCCCUGUAAGAGAGGCUGUUCUAUUAUCAGUCAGGCUGCAAGAACUUGGACUAGAAAGGGACCUGAAAAAGAAUCUAGAAGCAUGUAUCGUGCUGUGUCUGGUGUCAUCCUUCGUCCAUCCUUUAACCGGAUGAUGUUGUCUGCCGUCUGCCCGAAAGACUCCCGACGUCAUUGCUCUGGCAUCUCGGGGACCUGGUAUAACCAGAAGGGUUCACGUAUGGACAUACACGACAAUGGCGUCAUUUUGGAGGGCAAGUAUCACACGGGGGUGGGUGAGGUUCAGACUCCUAUAAUUGGAUUUCCACCCAAAACGCCCGGGAAAACCUUUGGUUGGGUCGUUAACUGGGUGAAGGAAGGUGAUGAGACAAGCACCACAACGUGGACAGCUCAGUGUGUGGAGGUGAAGGGCGAGCCCGCGCUGCAGACUACUUGGAUUCUCCGGUCUGAGGUGGAGAAGCCCGCAGAUCGCUGGGAGUCAACCAUUGUCGGUCAAGACACCUUCACCCGUGAGCGACUGGAAACUUCAGACGAGUUUCUCAACUGAUGAGAGAGAUGAAGUUCACUUUGGUUAAUACAUGUAUCGCCACUCAGCUUAUAAAAUCCUUCUGACAACAAUACGCACAAUUGCUUUAGCAUUUUCACACGCUUGUGUACUUUAAUUUUUGUUUCCUACUCAUAACUUCGUUUCCUAGUCAUAUACUCAAAACGGCUAAUGCAUGGAACGAUUUAGGUUGUGGUUUCUAGUAGUGUAGGUUUAGGUGCCGUUAGUAUUAACGUUAGUUUACCUUUAUUUGCAGGGUAACCUAUAUCCCGUUGGUAAAAAACAGCAUAUCUAGGGUUAUCAAGUCGACGGACGGUGGCUUCAAGCUGCAAUGCUUUAAACAUAUCUCAAAAAUUGCAACUAACGUCCGUCGACUUGAUAUCCCUAAAUACCCUGUUUUUAAAAACAACGGAUAUAGGUUACCCCGCGAAUAAAGGUAAAGUAGCGUUACCACACUUUAGUAAAGACUGGGUGUUAUUCGUACUUUGUACAGGACUGUUAAAGUUAUUGCGGACACUGAAGGCAGUCAGAGAAGGAACACAUAACCCAGAAGAAAACAAAAACAAAACUCGAUAUGUGCAGUGAUGUUAUCCCUAAAAUAAAGUGAGCGUGGUCUAGCUGAUGACACAAUACUAUCGGUACUUAUUCAUAAGUACAACUACCGGCCGUGUGUAUGCAAAUAAAGCUUAAGAAGCGGGCUAGUGAACCUUGGAAUAAAUUUCAUUAUACUAUAA